AUGACGUCCUACUAUACUCAAAACAACCCCCAACAGCUCUACAAUGGACUUCCGGAUCCUCGCUACGACCUAGACCCUGGGGCUAUCUCGGACCCAGAGUCGGCACCAAACUCCGUCCCACUGCCUAACGAUGAUUUCGAGCCUUUUCUCACCGACUAUGCAGACUACGAUGCGGCCCUCGAGCAGUCGCUCAGUAUUCAGGAGCUAGCUAUCGGCCAUGGCUUGCCCGCAGCCACCCCGCAGGACGAGACAGCUGCCCAUCAAAUUGCAAAGUUUGCCGAAAAUCCUGAGUACCAGCUGAACACCCCUCCUGUAUUCUUGUCGUCGUCGCCCGCCAAGUCUGUUUACGGUGGUGACAUGACCCCACGAGGCCAUCGAAUUCCUACUGGCUAUGAUCUCCCACCGUCUUCACCUCCAAGCCAACAAAACUCGCCGCUAGUAAUGCGACGAGUACAGCAGACGGGUCUGAAUAUGGCUCUGGGUAUCUCCAACAUCACGCUCUCACCUCCUCCACGCAUGGCGUCUUUCAUGCCUCAGACCCCGCCGGACGGGGCUCUGUUGCGGGCACCUCUUUACCCUCAGUCGUCACCGAUUCGUCCCUCAGCUCUAUACAAGGUUCCUGAGGAUUACGAUGAUCAGUUACCGUGCUCUUCUCCCCCUCCACCACCCUCACACUUGUUUGCGGAUCAAUCUCCGGUGCUGCUGGGCAGCUCACCCUCGAAACAUGUAGAAUGGCAACCGAUUCUUACUGUCCCGCAAAACAAAAAGUGUGAGGAAAUAAUCCGCUCUCAAAUCAAGAGCUCUCUCAAGAAGACACGCCGAAAAUCCUGCCUGCCCCCCGGUGCCGUCGAUGAGUAUAUUGGGCCUGGAGACGAAAAUGACGUCUUCCAGUGCUUGUACCCUCAUUGCGGACGCCUUUUCCGGCGCCGUUACAAUCUCAGAUCACACAUCCAAACCCAUCUGUGCGACCGCCCGUACGCGUGUGACGUGUGCGAUGCAACGUUUGUUAGACCACACGAUUUGCGUCGCCACCAGCGCUGCCACAGUACAACCAGGCCUUUUGUAUGCGCCUGUAGCAAAGGAUUCACUAGAAUGGACGCACUUCAACGCCAUCGCCAACGAAAUAUCUGCGAGGGAGGUGUCGCCAAAGAAGGGAUAGACUACCUAAGUAACAGCCCUAGUCUGGAGUCCAGUGAUCCGGAGAAUUCGAACUAG